UUUACGUCAUGCCCACCACUUCAGUGCCAAAAAGAUCUGAAAAUUCUUUGAUUAAUCUCUGAAACAAAUCCCUUCCCUUCAGUAACUUGAAGUCUUUUUAUAAUUGUGAACUGUCAGUGUGGAAAUCCCGGGGAUUCUGUUGAAUUCGAAUGGAUCGAAUCAAACCCUCUGCAUCAGACAUUAUGUCAAUACAUUGAGAAAAAUUGGAUACUAAAAUUAAUAUCUUGAGUCUAUUGACAAAACUCAAAGAUGGCUGUGGAAAUAUUCGAUGAAGAUCAUUUUGCCAUCAGUGCAAUUGUCACUAUUGGCAUGCAGCUGAUUUUUUUCUCGGUAGCUGCGACUUUUCAAAUGGACAAAGUCACGGAUUUUGCUGGAGGUGUUAAUUUCAUUAUUGUUGCACUUUUGACGUUUUAUCUCGGUCAAGAAGGAAAAACACAUGACAGUCGUCAAUUGAUGGUGACAGUGAUGGUAUGUAUUUGGGGGGCACGUCUAUCCCUCUAUUUGCUGUAUAGAAUUCUAAAAAUUGGAAGAGACAAACGAUUCGACGAUCGCAAGAGUAAUGUUAUAAGAUUCGCUGUCUUCUGGACGUUUCAAGCAAUUUGGGUGUACGUCGUGAGUCUUCCCGUGAUAGUAAUUAAUUCACCACGUCAUAAAAUUCCUCUUGCCCCGAAAACAAUGACGACUCUGGACAGCGCUGGAACUGGUUGCUUCGUCGUUGGACUUCUAGCUGAGACUUACGCAGAUUUACAGAAAUUUGCUUUCAGACAGGAUCCGGUUAAUAAUGGGAAAUGGUGCAACGAUGGGCUGUGGAGCUUCUCCAGGCAUCCGAAUUACUUCGGAGAAAUUCUCGUCUGGUGGGGAAUUUUUGUGAUUUCUCUGAACGUCAUCCAGGGGAUAGAGUGGGUCGCCAUCGCCUCUCCAAUUUUCACGACGUUUAUAUUACUAUUUUUAUCAGGAAUGCCAUUGUUGGAAAAAUCAGCAGACGAGAGAUACAGAGAUAAUGCGGAGUAUCGACAGUACAAACAGUCAACUUCCCCUCUGAUUCCCAUACCCCCAACAAUUUACUCGGAAGUUCCCUGGUUCCUCAAGUUCCUCCUCUGCUGUGAAUUUCCCCUUUACGAUUCCCUCGAUGUCAAGCCACGAUCAGCUGUCACUGAGUCAACAUCAAUCAGCCUGGCAGCGUCCACGUAGCUAUAAAUUCACGUCGGGUUUUCACUCUUUUGAAUCCCGGCGUUUCUUCUUUCUUUCCAAUAAUUUCAUUAUUUAAUUUAUCUUUUACAAACCCUUAAUUGCUUCAAUUUCUUUGUUGCAAUUUUCUUUUAUUUUGCAUUUUGUACUCUAGUCUUCCUUGAAAAAAUCGAUUUUACGCCAUAGGUACGAAUUUUGUUAUUUAUUAAAUUAUGAAGUAUCUGGAUUUUUAUUAUUUAUUUUGUUCUAGGUAGAGACUAAUCAAAUGGGAAUGAAUAAAUUCCGAACGAGGAUAACAGUGUAGGAUAAAAUGAAAAGAUAAAUUAAACAUCAGAGAAGAAAAUUUGAUGAUGACUUGUUCGGUUGUCUUUUUAUUUUAUUCAACAACGAAAAUUACUAGAAUAACUGAAAAUUUAUCGAUUGACGAUUGAGCCCAGAAGCAAGAGAGAAUCGAAAAAAAAGACAUUCUGUGAAUGCUAUUUUCUGAAUUGUUUUUGGAUCGAGAGUGUGAGACGAAGUUUGAGAGAAUAAUCUAGUCCGUAAACGAACAAUUUAAGCUCAAUGGAAGAUAAUGAGAGCAGAUUACAAUUAACUAAGAAAUUACGAUGAAACUCAAGAAAUAUCGAGAAAGUCCAAACGUAUUUAUGAUCGAAUAACUGAUUGAGAUGAAUUUAUCCAAAGAAUGUUCUGUAGACUGGACCAAUAGUCCUAGGGGUGAUAGACAUAAAUUAGUUGUUAAUAGGUUUGAAAUUUCUCAAAGGCCUCGUUCAACCGUAAUUACAUAUUUCUGGUCCUUAAUUUUUCAUCUCUCGUUGAAGAAAAAAAUUACAAGUCAUAAUUCCUUGAAUGGGAAAUUAAU